AUGCCAUACCAAGUGCAGAUCAGAUUCGUAUAACAACAUCUUUGAAAAGCCAAAGAGGAUCAGUAUGGACAAAAAACAAGUCAGUAUUUGAACAUUGGGAAGUUGAAGUGACCUUUCGAGUUACAGGAAGAGGCCGCAUUGGAGCUGAUGGAUUGGCAAUCUGGUUUACAGAAGAGCAAGGCUUGGAAGGUCCUGUUUUCGGGGCAGCUGAUCAAUGGAAUGGUGUUGGAAUUUUCUUUGAUUCCUUUGACAAUGAUGGAAAGAAAAACAAUCCUGGCGUGAUUGUUGUAGGCAACAAUGGAAAACUUCUGUAUGACCAUCAGAAUGAUGGUUCCACGCAAGCAUUGGCAUCAUGUCAGAGGGACUUUCGUAACAAGCCCUAUCCUGUUCGAGUAAAGAUAACAUACUACCAAAAAACAUUGACUGUAUUAAUUAACAAUGGCUUCACUCCGGAUAAAGAAGACUACGAAUUUUGUGCGAAAGUGGAAGAUAUGGUGUUGCCGUCACAAGGGUAUUUUGGAAUAUCUGCAGCAACAGGGGGACUUGCAGAUGAUCAUGAUGUCCUGUCUUUUCUGACCUUCCAGUUGACUGAGCCUGGGAAGGCAGUGCCAACACCAGAUGCAGAAAUUCCUCAAAAAGAUAAAGAGAAGUAUCAAGAAGAGUUUGAACACUUUCAGCAAGAAUUGGAUAAAAAGAAAGAAGAAUUUCAAAAGGAACAUCCUGAUGUGCAAGGACAGCCAGCGGAUGGUCUUUUUGAAACUGUAAGUGAUCGUGAACUGAGGCAAAUCUUUGAGGGGCAGAAUCGAAUUCAUCUUGAAAUCAAACAGCUUAAUAGGCAAUUGGACAUGAUUCUGGAUGAGCAGAGGAGAUAUGUCUCUGCAGUCACAGAUGAAAUUGCUAAAAGAGGAGCUGGUUUUCCAGGUCAACAAGGACAGGUUUCCCAGCAAGAGAUUGAGAAAGUUGUGAAAACCCAAGAAGAGGUCAUUAGACAAGUAAAUGAAAUAAGAAAUUCCAUGGCUGAUACUCUGAGGUUGGUCAGUGGAGCUCAACAUCCUGGCUCUCCUGCAGGAGUCUAUGAAACAACUCAGCACUUCAAUGACAUCAAAGAACACCUUCAUGUAGUAAAGAGGGACAUUGAGCAUUUAGUACAACGAAAUAUGCCAUCUGGUGAGAAAUUGAAGUGUCCAGAAUUGCCACCGUUUCCAUCGUGCUUAUCUACAAUGCACUUCUUCAUAUUUUUAGCGGUGCAAACAGUGUUACUCAUUGGUUAUAUCAUGUAUAGGAGUCAACAAGAAGCAGCAGCCAAAAAGUUCUUUUGAUGACCCGUUCCUUUUGUGUGUACAUAACAGCAUCGUCUCUUCUCGGAACUUCGGUAAUUGCCUCGUCACUCACUGGAUCAAAGGAAAGCUCCCAGUUGCCCAGCUCAAAUCUCGUCCUGUCCUGUCCUUGAAGGGAUAGCAACAAAUCUGGACUGUAAGAGUAUUUGUCAGUCAGUGUAGCCUCCUGUUAUGGCUGGCUACUAGAAGUUUCUUUCAACACUGAUAGCAUGUUUGAUGCUUAUCAAGUAAGAUCAGGACUAGGAGAAGACACCUUGGGAUCCAGUUUGACAAUACUGGGGGAGAACAAGUCUAAUAAUUGUAUUUGAAGU